AUGGGAAGCUCGGGGAAGUUGAGGCAAUGGCCUCAACAUGUUUAUGCAAUGGCAUUUUGCCUAAUAGCUAUUUGUGUAACUGCCGAUAAGCCUUAUAGUUAUGCUUCACCACCACCACCACCUCCAUACCACUACACGUCCCCACCUCCACCAUCCAAGUCACCACCACCCCCUUACCACUACACAUCCCCACCACCACCAUCCAAGUCACCACCGCCUCCAUACCACUACACGUCCCCACCUCCACCAUCCAAGUCACCACCGCCCCCAUACCACUACAUGUCCCCACCUCCACCAUCCAAGUCACCACCGCCCCCUUACCACAACUCGUACCCACCUCCACCAUCCAAGUCACCACCGCCUCCAUACCACUACACGUCCCCACCUCCACCAUCCAAGUCACCACCGCCUCCAUACCACUACACGUCCCCAACUCCACCAUCCAAGUCACCACCAUCACCAUACCACUACUCAUACCCACCUCCACCACCCAAGUCACCACCACCUCCAUACCACUACUCGUCCCCACCUCCACCAUCCAAGUCACCACCACCUCCAUACCACUACACGUCCCCACCUCCACCAACCAAGUCACCACCUCCUCCAUACCACUACACGUCCCCACCUCCACCAACCAAGUCCCCACCUCCACCAACCAAGUCACCACCUCCUCCAUACCACUACACGUCCCCACCUCCACCAACCAAGUCACCACCUCCUCCUUACCACUACACAUCCCCACCUCCACCAUCCAAGUCACCACCACCUCCAUACCACUACACAUCCCCACCUCCACCAACCAAGUCACCACCACCUCCAUACCACUACACAUCCCCACCUCCACCAACCAAGUCACCACCUCCUCCUUACCAUUACACGACCCCACCUCCACCAACCAAGUCACCACCACCUCCAUACCACUACACGUCCCCACCUCCACCAACCAAGUCACCACCUCCUCCUUACCACUACACGUCCCCACCUCCACCAUCCAAGUCACCACCACCUCCAUACCACUACACGUCCCCACCUCUACCAACCAAGUCACCACCACCUCCAUACCACUACACGUCCCCACCUCCACCAACCAAGUCACCACCACCUCCUUACCACUACACGUCCCCACCUCCACCGUCCAAGUCACCACCUCCUCCUUACCACUACACGUCCCCACCUCCACCGUCCAAGUCACCACCACCUCCAUACCACUACACGUCCCCACCUCCACCGUCCAAGUCACCACCACCUCCUUACCACUACACGUCCCCACCUCCACCGUCCAAGUCACCACCACCUCCAUACCACUACACGUCCCCACCUCCACCGUCCAAGUCACCACCUCCUCCUUACCACUACACGUCCCCACCUCCACCGUCCAAGUCACCACCACCUCCAUACCACUACACGUCCCCACCUCCACCGUCCAAGUCACCACCACCUCCAUACCACUACACGUCCCCACCUCCACCGUCCAAGUCACCACCACCUCCAUACCACUACACGUCCCCACCUCCACCGUCCAAGUCACCACCACCUCCAUACCACUACACGUCCCCACCUCCACCAACCAAGUCACCACCACCUCCAUACCACUACACGUCCCCACCUCCUCCUUACCACUACACGUCCCCACCUCCACCGUCCAAGUCACCACCACCUCCAUACCACUACACGUCCCCACCUCCACCGUCCAAGUCACCAUCUCCUCCUUACCACUACACGUCCCCACCUCCACCGUCCAAGUCACCACCACCUCCAUACCACUACACGUCCCCACCUCCACCGUCCAAGUCACCACCUCCUCCUUACCACUAUACGUCUCCACCUCCACCGUCCAAGUCACCACCACCUCCAUACCACUACACGUCCCCACCUCCACGAACCAAGUCACCACCUCCUCCAUACCACUACACGUCCCCACCUCCACCGUCCAAGUCACCACCUUCUCCAUACCACUACACGUCCCCACCUCCACCAACCAAGUCACCACCACCUCCAUACCACUACACGUCCCCACCUCCACCAACCAAGUCACCACCACCUCCAUACCACUACACGUCCCCACCUCCACCAUCCAAGUCACCACCUCCUCCUUACCACUACACGUCCCCACCUCCACCAACCAAGUCACCACCACCUCCAUACCACUACACGUCCCCACCUCCACCAACUAAGUCACCACCUCCUCCUUAUGUCUACACGUCCCCACCUCCACCAUCCUCAUCACCACCGCCUCCUUACUAUUACAAGUCUCCACCACCGCCAAAAGGCUACUAA